AUGGCAGCUCCAGUGGUCCACAAGACCGCAGGCGGCAAUGCAGCAUUCCACAACUUCCACAACGACUACGCGCACAUCGCGGACCCGAACGAGCGGCGGCGCCUGGCGCUGGCCGAGAUCGACAAAGCACCAUUCGGAUGGUACCACGUGCGGGCGAUCGUAGUCGCAGGCAUUGGCUUCUUCACCGACGCCUACGACAUCUUCGCCAUCAACUUGGUAACACCCAUGUUGGGCAUUGUGUACUGGCACGCCGCGAACUCGGGCUCCAUCCCCGAGCACGCCGACACGGCCAUCAAGGUCUCAACGAGCGCCGGCACUGUCAUCGGCCAGGUCGGCUUCGGUAUUGCAGCUGAUAUUAUCGGCCGCAAGAAAAUGUAUGGUCUCGAACUGAUCCUCAUCAUCUUCGCAACGCUGGCGCAGGCCCUCUCCUCCGACUCACAAGCUGUCUCCGUCGUCGGGCUCCUUGUCUUCUGGCGUGUCCUUAUGGGAAUCGGUAUCGGUGGCGAUUACCCCCUCAGCUCCAUCAUCACAUCCGAGUUCGCGACGACCAAGUGGCGUGGUGCCAUGAUGGGGUCUGUCUUCGCCAUGCAGGGCUUCGGCCAGUUCGCUGCCGCCAUGAUCUGCCUCAUUGCUGUCGCCGGCUUCAAGGGGUCGCUGAUCACAGCCGCCGGUGCCGACACGUGUACCGGUGUGUGCUCGCUGGCGGUGGACAAGAUCUGGAGAAUCGUUAUCGGUUUCGGCGCCGUGCCCGGCUGCAUUGCCCUCUACUACCGCCUCACCAUUCCCGAGACGCCUCGUUUCACGUUCGACGUCGCGCGCGACAUUGUCAAGGCUGGCUCCGAUGUCAAGGCCUACAAGGCGGGUGAUCACCAGGGUGUCCCAGAUGAAAUUACCAGAGUUCAGGCGAUGGAGGAGCAGGCGCCCAAACUGGAAGUACCCCAGGCCGGCUGGCGCGACUUCUGUCGCCACUACGGCCAGUGGAGGUACGCCAAGGUGCUGAUCGGCACGGCGGGCUCGUGGUUCUUCCUCGAUGUCGCGUUCUACGGCCUGGGCCUUAACAACUCGGUCAUCCUGAAGCAGAUUGGCUACGCUAAGGGCGACACCAUGUACAAGACGCUCUACAACACAGCUGUCGGCAACCUGAUCCUUGUAUGCGCGGGUGCCAUACCCGGCUACUGGGUGACCGUCGCAACUUGCGAUACCAUUGGCAGGAAGCCGAUCCAGCUGAUGGGCUUCAUCCUGCUCACCAUCCUCUUCUGCAUCAUCGGUUUUGCCUACCACAAGAUCGGCGACAGCGGCCUUCUCGCCCUCUAUGUCUUGUCGCAGUUCUUCUUCAACUUCGGCCCCAACGCAACCACCUUCAUCGUCCCCGGCGAGUGCUUCCCCACGCGCUACCGCUCUUCCUCUCACGGUAUCUCGGCCGCCGCCGGCAAGAUCGGUGCCAUCAUCGCUCAGGUUCUCAUUGGACCGCUGCGCACGCGCGGCCACCCCACAAAGCAAAACUCUUCGCCCUGGCUCAACCACGUCAUGGAGAUUUACGCGCUCUUCAUGUUCUGUGGCAUCUUCACAACACUGCUUAUCCCCGAGACGAAGCGCAAGACGCUGGAGCAGCUGGCAGGCGAGGUGCCCGGCACGCCCGAGUACGAUCCGGAGUCGGUGGGACAGGUGAGGUCGACGAGCAGCGACGGGGGCGUGAGCGAGGAGUUGAAGGGCGAGAAGGCGGUGUGA